AUGGCGCAGGUGUUCGUAUUCACGCCACACUUUCUGGAUGCGCAAAAGUUCUACAUUACAUUGGACAACGAGUUAAUGGUAGACACCAUCCGCACACAACUCGCAUUCAUUCGUACCAACUGGAAGCAGAUAGGGCGGCCCACACUGACUAUUAUGUUGACCGGGUCUAUGUUCAAGAG